AGAGUCGUCGUCCAAAGCCGAGAAGCAAAAAGAAACUCUGAAAUAUCUUCGAGCUGCGACAGGAAAAAUGGACGCGGCGAUAGGGAAGGUUUUCGAUUCCGUCUCAGACUUCUUCUCCGGCGCUGCUUCUGCUUCCGCCGAUGAGUUCCCCUUGUGCGAUUCCGACAUCAUCUCCGGAUGUGAGAAAGAACUUGCAGAGGCUCAAGACGAAGGACGUAAGAAGGAAUGCAUUAUGCGUCUUUCAUGGGCUCUUGUUCAUUCAAAGAUGCCUGGUGAUAUCCAGCGUGGAAUUGCAAUGCUUGAAGCUUUGGUGGUUAAUGAUACAAGUGCAAUGAAACUUAGGGAGAAGCUAUAUCUCCUUGCUCUUGGGUACUAUCGAAGCGGUGACUUUUCAAGAAGCCGGGAUUGUAUAGAACGGUGUUUGGAGGUUGAACCAGAGUGGGGACAGGCUCAGACUCUCAAAAAGGCUAUAGAGGACCGUAUUGUGAAAGAUGGUGUUAUUGGCGUUGGAAUUGCUGUCACUGCUGUAGGGCUUGUUGCUGGUAUUGCUGCAGCCAUUAUACGCAGCUAAGGAGGAAAGAACCAAUACAUGUAAAUGUUUCCC